GAGCCUGAAUUGUUCUGUACUCUAUUGAUGAAAGAGUGGGCUGCUACUCUUUCUCCUCCAUUCAUAAACCCGUUCUUCACAUCCCAGAUAUAGACCAACACCAUGUUGCCUUUAUCCCUGCUGAACACGUCCCAGACUCACCCAAUAUUGGUGGAGCUGAAGAAUGGCGAGACCUUCAACGGCCAUUUGGUGAACUGCGACAACUGGAUGAACCUUACUCUAAGGGAGGUUAUUCAGACGUCUUCGGAUGGCGAUCGCUUCUGGCGCUUGACGGAAUGUUACAUCAGAGGAAACACUAUCAAAUACCUCCGCGUACCUGAUGAGAUUAUCGACAUGGUCAAGGAAGAGGCCAACAAACAGAGACUUGCCAGCACACGCAACAGCAGUCGCGGAGGCGGCGCAGGGAACAAUGGCGGAGACAAUCAGCGUGGCGGUCAUCACUCUCAUCAGGGAGGCGGCGAUCGUGGCGGUCGCGGCGGUGGACGUGGUGGUGGACGUGGAGAUUAUAACAAGUCUGGACGGGGCGGCUAUAACGAACGCGGUGGUCGUGGCGGCGGUGGUGUUCGAGGCGGUCGUGGAAGGGGUGGUGGUCAGGCAUAAAACGAAAGAUCGCUGGAGCCCCCGAUUCCUGCACAGCGGAAGAGGGUGAACAUAAAAACUUGGGUUGUGCUCGAUAUAAUCUUUUUUCUUUUUUUUCUUUUUUUUCAGCCGAGCACACACAUCCGAUUCUUGCUUCGCCGGAACCUGCUUUCACCGAUCUUUUUUUUUUUUUUUUUUUUUU